UUAUUAGCAAUUUUUUUAUAUAUUAGUAUUAAUAAAAUUGUAUUGCACAGGAUAUUGAAAAUGCCGAAGAAAACCUCAUGAUGAGCGAUAACAUUUCUAUUGAAGAAAUUUCGGUUGACGUACUUGAUGGCGAGCCAGAAAUGAUUGGAGAUGACGUGGUAAACGAUGCAGAUCAAGAAAUUUGGAAACCAGUUCUUCAAGAGGAACUUGUCACCGUGUUUGACGCAGAAAUAAGAAGUAUAAAAGUAGAGGGAUGCUGUCGGCGGAAAUGCAGCGACUCGUUUACGCUGGAUGAGUUAUUGAAGAGCUUUUUGGAUAGCAGUAGUCUAGAUUAUUAUAAUGAAGGUACGAAUCAACUUGAUUUAGUAGUAUUAGGACAGAUCCGUGCCAUGUGUAGGCAGAGCAAUGAAGUAAAAACUGGGAGCGGAUCUAAGGAGAAAGUGAGACAAAGGCUGCGAAUGAUAUACACAUUGUCUGGCCAAACUGUUUGUGACCCCGAACAAGAACGGGUAAUUACUUCUUCCGAGGAAUUGCCAACCGAUUUUCCUAAAGAAAUCAAACCGGAAGGAUUAACAUACCAAAGGAAGAAGUAUUUGUACCAAAAGAUUAAGGAGUUUGCUGACGACGAAUUGAAGGACUUACUAUGUCCUAAUCCAGGACCAGAACCUGAAAAUGGAGUAAAUGAACCUGAUCCAGAUCGUCCAGAGGCUUCCGAUAAAGAUGUUGCUGCAGGUCCAAGGUUCGAACACACUUUACUGGAGAGCCCGAACCUCUGA